CGAUGCGCGCGCGCUCGUGACGCACCCCGUUGUCAUGGUGACGGCAUGGCGCGCGCUGGCGCUGCUGGCCGCGCUGCCGCUGUGCGCCGCGCUGCCGGAGGCGGUGUACCACAACCAGUUCGCGGUGCACGUGCCAGCUGGACCAGAGCACGUGGACAGCCUCGCGAGGAGGCACGGCUUCGUCAACCAUGGACAGAUUGGUUCCCUGAAGCACUUUUACUUGCUGUCACACCACGAGGUGCGCAAGCGAUCCACAGAGCCGAGCCACGAACACCACCGCAAGUUGAACGAUGAGCCACAGGUCCGAUGGGUGCAACAGCAACGCGAACGGCGGAGAGUGAAGCGCGACUACAACCCGUAUGACGGAGCGUUAUACUCACAGAUCUCUCGGAGGCUGCCUCCACACCGCACGCAUCAUCGCGCGCUCACCUCGUCGCCAUUCUUUCCCGACCCGCUGUUCAAAGAGCAGUGGUACUUGGUACGUUCUAAUGGCGGAGCGAAAGAUGGGUUGGAUAUGAAUGUCGCUCCAGCUUGGCAGAAGGGCUACACAGGGAAAGGUGUGGUAGUAUCCAUACUUGAUGACGGCAUCCAGACCAAUCAUCCUGAUCUUGCUCAAAACUACGAUCCCAACGCCUCAACUGACAUCAACGGCAAUGAUGAUGAUCCUAUGCCACAAGACAAUGGAGACAAUAAGCACGGGACUCGAUGCGCUGGUGAAGUGGCAGCGGUCGCGUACAACCAGUAUUGUGGAGUUGGCAUCGCGUACAACGCGAGUAUAGGUGGAGUAAGAAUGCUGGAUGGAGUAGUCAAUGAUGCCGUGGAAGCAAGAGCCCUGGGUCUCAAUCCCGAUCACAUAGACAUUUACAGUGCUUCGUGGGGACCAGAAGACGAUGGAAAGACUGUUGAUGGACCAGGACCUUUGGCUAGGAGAGCAUUUAUUUAUGGUGUAACCAGUGGCCGUCGUGGCAAAGGCUCCAUAUUUGUUUGGGCAUCUGGAAACGGAGGUAGACAUACAGACUCUUGCAACUGCGACGGUUACACGAACAGUAUAUUCACGUUGUCGAUAUCAAGCGCAACGCAAGGCGGUUACAAACCUUGGUAUUUAGAAGAAUGCUCGUCCACUUUAGCUACUACUUAUAGUUCAGGGACUCCUGGUCACGACAAGAGUGUCGCCACUGUAGAUAUGGAUGGAAGAUUGCGUCCUGAUCACAUUUGCACCGUAGAACACACAGGAACUUCUGCCUCGGCACCUUUAGCAGCAGGCAUUUGUGCUUUAGCGUUGGAAGCCAACGCUGACCUUACCUGGAGAGAUAUGCAAUAUUUAGUAGUAUUAACGUCUCGUCCUCAGCCCUUAGAAAAAGAAAACGGCUGGAUCAUGAACGGCGUCAAAAGAAAAGUCAGUCACAAAUUCGGCUAUGGUUUAAUGGAUGCUACAGAAAUGGUAAACCUAGCCGAACAGUGGGUAUCCGUCCCACCUCAACAUAUUUGUAAGUCACAAGAGCUCAACGAAGACAAACCAAUUGAAUCCUCGUUUGGAUAUACCUUAUCUGUUCAUAUGGACGUAAACGGCUGCAGCGGAACUGUAAAUGAAGUGAGGUAUCUUGAACACGUUCAGUGCAAGAUAUCUUUAAGGUUUUUCCCUAGAGGUAAUCUACGCAUCCUUCUAACAUCUCCCAUGGGAACAGUCUCCACUUUGCUUUUCGAAAGGCCUCGUGACGUCAUCAGUUCGAACUUCGAUGACUGGCCAUUCUUAAGUGUCCAUUUCUGGGGCGAGCAUGCCGAAGGCAGAUGGACUUUACAAAUUGUCAACGGAGGCAACAGGCAUGUGAACCAGCCUGGCAUACUCAAGAAAUGGCAACUAAUAUUCUAUGGGACAUCCAUCGACCCGAUAAGAUUGCGUUCAAAGCGCCCUUCGGCUGCGGCUCCGCCGUUCGCCUUCCCAACCGCAGCUGACGGUUACGACACUAUCGGGGAUUCUUUUUACAACACUGACGCGUUUGCCAAUUACCAGAACUUUCCUACAUUAUUCGCCGCCGGAUCAGAUCCGGAAAAGGCGGUAGCCCGUCUCGACGGACAUAACGUCCCUUCACCGCAUGGGGAGAAUGUCCUCGCUGAUAGUAAUGACAGACGCGUCAUGCACGAAUGUGACCCCGAAUGCGAUUCCCAAGGAUGCUAUGGAAAAGGACCGACUCAAUGUAUAGCUUGUAAGAACUAUCGUUUGGACGACACUUGCUUUUCGCGGUGUCCUCCAAGAAGUUACACGAACCAAGGAGGUGUUUGCUGGCCAUGCCACGAGUCAUGUGAGACUUGUAUGGGACCAGGGCAAGAUUCUUGUUUGACGUGUGCUCCAGAGCACUUAUUAGUGGCAGAUCUAGCAGUAUGUCUUCAGCAGUGUCCAGACGGAUAUUGGGAGGACGCUGAUUCAGCUGUUUGCAGGCCUUGCGCUGCUCAUUGCGCCACGUGCUCAGAAAGAGCUGAUGUGUGUACUUCUUGCGAACAUCAUUUAGUGCUUCAUGAAGGGACUUGUAUGGCCUCAUGUCCACCUUCGUUCUACGAGACAGAAGAUUAUUCUUGUGCCAAAUGUCAUACGUCAUGUGACACAUGUGAGGGCCCGGCUGACACGCAGUGUGUCUCUUGUCAUCCUUCUAGCUAUGCUUUGGACGGACGCUGUGUUACCACUUGUCCUAGUGGUUUUUACGCGGAUAAGAAGCGCAAAGAGUGUAUGAAGUGUCCAGUAGGUUGCACAGCAUGCACUGGUAACUUGUGCCUCGCCUGCGAAUCGAACUGGGAGUUAAACAGAAAGGGCAAGUGCGUUCCAACUGGCUCCGACCGCUGUGUUUCUGGAGAAUACAUAGACGGGCAAAGCUGUAAGCAAUGCCAUGCCGCUUGCGAAACCUGCUACGGUGACAAAAUGGAGCAAUGCCUCACUUGCCCGUCGCCUAACCUUCUUCAAGACUACAAGUGCGUGGCCGAAUGCAGCCACGGUUACUACGCGGAGGCGGGUCGGUGCUCGCGCUGCAUCCACGGCUGCACCGACUGCGUGUCUCGCUUGAACUGCACCUCGUGUGUAGGCACGCUGAGACUCCAGUCCGGUGCUUGCCGUACUUCUUGUGCUGAUGGGUACUACGCGGACCGCGGCACCUGUUCAAAAUGCUACCUCUCCUGUCGCACCUGCAUCGGUCCCCGACGCGACCAGUGCGCCUCCUGCCCUCAAGGCUGGCGGCUGGCCGCGGGAGAGUGCCACCCUGAAUGUCCUCAAGGUUUCUACCAAAGCGUCGGCGGCUGCCGGCACUGUCACCACUACUGCCGCGAGUGUGACGGCUCAGGCCCUCUCCACUGCAAAUCCUGCCCUCCUCGCUUCAUGUUAGACGGAGGCUUAUGUAUGGAGUGCCUGGGGUCCCAGUACUAUGAUGCCACCACCGGGACCUGCAAGAGUUGCGACCCCUCCUGCAGAACUUGCUCCGGCCCUGGCCAGUUCAGUUGCACUGCUUGCUCAAGACCUCUCAGACUCGACAAACUAAACAACCAAUGCGUGCCGUGCUGUGCGGAGCGCGGAAAUACAGCAAGCACCACUCCCGCGCCCGACUGCUGUCACUGUCAUCCUGACACUGGCGACUGCAUAAACUCGUCGGGCGCGGGCAAGCGUCGCAUCGCGGAGUGGUCGGCGCUACAGUCCAACAGCGAGUGGUCGCCGAGCGGUCCGCCCGCGACCGUCGUCACACUCGCCGUGUGCGCGGCCGCGCUAAUGGUGUUCCUUAGUGUGCUGUUUGUGCUACAGAUGCGAACUCCCCGCCAGCCCAAGUCCCGGUCGCGCGGCGUGGUCUACUCCCCGCUGGCGUGCACCGACGAGGGUGACGUGGCAUUCCUCGCCACGACAUGCCCCACCAAAAGCCCCGGCCCCGAACAGAAGCCGCUUCUCGAACAUUCCACGUAGUGAGUGAGUGAGAUACAGUGGACUUAACGAACGCGAUGAUAGGUCGGUCGUUGUUAACGCUUGUUUUAGAUGUUUUCCUUGAAGUGCACCUUUUACGUUAGUUUAGGUGCGAAAAUGGAUGCGCUUCAAGGAAUACCUCUUGAUUGAGGUGUAGUAGACCGAAGUUGACAUUGUGAAAAAUUACUUACAGUAGUUCAACGACAACGUAACCGUUUGGUUAGCCGAACGGUUUUGUAGCGGAAUGUAUCAUGCAUUUUAAUUGACAUUGUAAUGAUCAUAAAGAUACCUAAUCAGUGAUGCAUCUAGGUGUUUUUAAUUGUAUUUAUCAUAAGUUUAAUUCAGAAUUGUAAUUUCAUUGAUGUGGUCUUCUUACUGACCAUUGUUCAUUGAUUGAUCACUGAUCGAAAAGGGUUGACAAUGCCUAUAAAAGUCACCACUGCGGGAUAAUAUAAUAUUUUCUUACGUCUUUUGCCGACGUUAAUGCAGCCUAAUACACGCGCGAUUUACCGCUUUUGCUGGUGACCGUACACAGUAUGUUAUGUCACAGGCUAAUGGGUCACUGACUUGGUGACAUAAAUGUUAAUAGCCCGUUAAUCACACGUCACACACGUGACACAAUUUACUCGAAUUACAGAUUAAAACGCGUGAUACAUUUUGUUCGUAACAAUCAUCAUGAUUAACCUCAAAUGGUCCCUUAAACACUUGUUAACGCGAUCGACCGUGUUAAACGUACCUAACAAUGUCUAUUUGCAUCGAUUUUUUUACGUGGAAGUAUGAAAACCGAUCGUCAAACGUGCGACACACACGAAACUGUACGUAUGUAAUAUAGUUAGGUAUAAAUUCGUAUUUUACGUAGAACAAAACGUUCGUACGACGGCGUGGAUAAGUUCUGCCGUUAUUAUUGUGAUAUGGAAACUUAGUUCUAACGCUUAGUUUACCUGAUCGCUGUUACUAGUUGGUUAACGUAUGAUUUUCGUUAUAAAUGGCCGACAGUUCACGAUAAACAACGAAGGAAACUCGACAACAAAAAGACGUAACGAGUGGAUUCGUCUCGCAAACGUCCAUCUUGAUUAUAUUAUUGCUCUUCAGGGUAACAUUAUCCCGGAAAUUCGUUGACUUUUAUGGAAAUUUUGAUUCGGACUGUAACAUGUUUUGACAGCUGUCAUGAUUUCUGUUGCUGUCAAAGUUAAUUGAGACAAGUUUUGAGUUUAAAAAAAAACUUUACCUAAGUGUAGCGACACGGUAAAGUUCAAGAAAAUAUUAACUUCUCUCAUGAUUUUUUGUUACUUUGAUACCAAAAUGACGAUGUUCCCAGAAUGACAUAUUGUUUGUCUUAGUAAACAUAAUAAUAGCAAAGAAAUAUGUUCAAGUUCAAACCUUUAUUGGCCAAAAACAGUAAGUACCUAAUAAAGAAAUAUAAUCCCUUAGAUAUAAUUAACUUUUAUAGCUAUAAAUUGAUACGAAAUAAUUCAGAUAAACGAAAUAAUAUUUUGCUAAGUGUUCUCGAGAAUUAUUUAAUUUGCCACCUUUAGAGUUGCUCAUUGUUUACCAUUUCAAAGAAAUAUGAAAUAAAAUAUUUUUGGACCAAAAAUUGGAAACGGAUUACAAUUUAAUUUAAAUAAUUAAUUAACAUUCAUUUGUCUAGACGUGAAGACUAUUUCGUUAAUUAAUUUUAUAUCUUUUCUUAUCCUAAUCUCUAUUUUUAUCGUUAAUUGCUAGCACUAUUUUUUUUUCGUUUAAACUUUAUUUAGUUGUCCGACAAACCUAAUCAUUUGGGGUAAUCCUAUUAUGAUCAUUAAUAUUAUAGACUCGAGGGCAUAUGUAACGUUACAGUGGCAAACUCGCUCUAAUUCAUUAGAAAAUAAAAAUGAUCUCAGCGUCAAAAUAAAUGUCAAUGUGACAACUUUGACAUAUGACACAAUAACAACCACCCAUCACGCGAAUAUCUGAUUGAUUAAUUGGCCCAUCAAAUCAAAAUUUAGUCUAAACAACUAUCAAUACAUCGCUUAACCGAUCACGACACAAGUACAGGCAACCGCACUGGUUAAACACUGCUGCUUCUUAUGUUGUCGUAAUAGAGUUGAAUUUGCAAUAAAAAAUUAUUUCGGAUGACUGUACAUCUGGGCCGAAUCGAUACAGCAACGUGACCCGAAUAUAACGCGUCAACUUGUUUUCACGCCUAAACUUAUAAUUAACGACAACACCGGUUUAGAUCGAGCAUCGGGGGGUUAAGUAUCGGUUCAGAUUGUCGGUGAAACCUGGCUCUAUUGAAGUUUGACUUUUGUGAUAUUAGAACUUCGGGAUUGAUUAUCUCACAUGAUUAAUUGUUUUAUGGGGAGUUAAACAGAAAAUUACUUGAAAUAUAACACAAUAUGUAUUUCAGAAAUAAUAGACUUUAAAAAAAUAUUCUUAUAUUCACAACUUAGAACAUGACUUAAUUUUGAGCAAAGCAAACAUUUUUUCUGUCUCUAAAAAGCAAUAAUAUAAUCUCUAGAAAUCAUUUUCAUUUCUCUGAAGUAAAAUAUGUACUUACAUGUUUUGUUAUCUUUCGAAGAAACGUCUUAACUUAACUUUCAUUAGUUUAGAAUUUAUAAAAUGAUAUUUAAAACUUGAUCAAUCAAAACUUGAAAAGCUUUUCAUAGUAUAUUUAGUGUAAUAUCUUAUCGGCCAUUUUCAACUAGUAACAGCAAAAAGGAAUGUUGAAGUCACUGAAAUUUAAUACCCAAGCCAUAGUCGUUGCCACAGGUUAUAGCAAUCAACCUAAAUCGAGUUAAGAUCUGAUUAGGCUCUCUCCGACGACGUCACAACUCUGUGUUUUAUUGUAAUAUAAUUAUAACUUAGUUUUAGGACGAAGAAGUUACCAUACAAUGAUUUAUAAACUGUACAAUUUUUACAUGAAACUACCACAAUAGUAUACAAACUUAAAAAAAACGCACUACUAUUUUAUAUUGUAAAACAAUUCACGCCUUGUCAUAAUUUAAGUUUCUUUUUUAAGUAGAAAAAGUUCUAUUUUAGUUUUAAAUAUUUUUAGUGAAAUUUUUAUUAUCUAUUAAUUAUUACUAUGCUCUCAACUACUGCUUUUUGGCUCUUUAGUUUUCGUUUUAAUUGAAAUUAUGCCACAAAUUUUAGUUUAACUAGUUAAAUAAUUAUGCGUAGUCUCAAAAUAUUAUUUUUAUUUCAUAUUUGGCUGUAAAGGCCGGGUUAGAGAACCUGACAAGUAAACUCUACCUAUAAUUUUAAACUAAUAAUAAUGUGAUAGAAAAUACGAUGUAUAUUGUUCAAGCAACAGUGAUUUUAAAAUAAUGAUUAUAAAUAUUACAUUCAAAGAAGAAAUGUUACCAAUUUUAUAUCACAAAUGUAUAGUUAGCUAGAUUGUUGAAUCGUUAAUAAAUAAUAUUAAUAAAUUCUAUUUCAUAAUCUAUGUCACAAUUUUCUCUCUGUUUAGGCUACAUUUUUGACAAAUUAUGUAUUUAAAAACAAUUGUAAUUUAUUAUUUAUGAUUGAUUUGAUUUGAAUGUAAAAUUAUUUUUAUAAAAUGUCUAGUUUUAGUUAUCUUCUUGACAUCUGAUCUGACCUUAGGUUUCGUUUCAAAAUUAUUUUCUGCAUAAUUUUAAAGAUAGCUUAGCGCAUCGAAAAAUCUUUUUUUCUGAAAAUGGAAAUAUCGAUUUUCUAUUGCAAUUUUCUAGUUUGUUUUAGUGGGAAUCUUUUUAAUUAAGAAUAUAUUUUUGUAUGAAAUGUUCUUAUGUGCAAUUAAUAUUUGUAAUAAAAACGGAAGUCUGUGUCGAAAA